AUGGCCCCGGGCGACGAAUACUCCGCCGUCAGCGGGGCCGGGAAACUCAAGCUGAAAGGCUUGAAGGUAAAAGGCGGUCGGGUGGAGAAGAAGAAGAAAAAGAAAGAGAAGAAGGAACAUGCAGAGACGUCGCGAGAAGCGUCCGCUGUAGCGGAGAGUCAGCAGGAUAGUGGUGAAGCUUCCGCUGCUGCGACUGCGGAACAGGAAGGUGGUGAUGUUCCGAUUAUUGAGAAGACGGAGGCAGAGAAGAAGUAUGAGGAGAUGAGAAGGAAGAGGCUCAACGACCGCCUAAAGCGAGAAGGCGUCAAGACGCACAAGGAGCGCGUCGAGGAGCUCAACAAGUACCUGAGCACUCUAAGUGAGCACCAUGACAUGCCGAAGAUUGGACCCGGAUAA